CAUCCAUGUGCAGUAGCAAGGCGUUCUCAUGACCAUGAUGGCCAUGUUGCUGUAUUAAUACACCAUGAUUUCCUGUCUCAUCGCAGUUUUAUCAUCAUUCCAUCAACUCACAUCUUCUCAUCCAUCCACCUGAACCAAUCCAGACUCUACCAAUCACCAAACAAACACCACCACUUACACUUCCAUCACCUCCAUCCUCAAUCAUGUCUGCCCGCGAUUACUACGGUAACAACUACGCCGCCCAGCAGGCCUACCCUCAGCAGCCGCAAUACGCUCCUCAGCAGCCCACCUACGACAAUCGUGGUGUCUCUCCCUACCCCCAGCAGCAGCAACAAUAUGGUGGGAACAAUACUAGUGCACAACAUCCCGCCGAUUCCCAGGGCCAACUGGGCCCCGAUGGCGAGCGCGGCCUCGGUGCAACAAUUGUUGGAGGCGGUGCCGCCGGUUGGGUUACACGCAAGGCCGGAGGAGGCUUCUUUGGAAGCCUCGCAGGCGCCGCUGCUGGUGCCAUUGGCGCAAACGUCUUGGAGAGCAAGCUGAAGAAGCACAAGAAGAACAAGAAGGAUCACUGAGAUGGACAUGAGGAUGGGAUCUGAUAGUUACAUUAGUCUUUUUCUGGGAUAUUUCGCUGCAUUUGGGUAUCAACAUAGAGGUCAUUCGAUAUAGAGGCUGCGGGUGUGUAUUUGUUUUAACUCUUUUUAUAUACGAUGCAAUGUUAAAUUUGGAAACCUUGACCGCACAUGUCCCUCUUAUUAUGCACAAUGAGAUUUAAUCUAUAGCUUAUUGCAGAUUUUAGCUGUUGAUUUUCUAUGUGCUGUUCACUGCUUUUCAUAUCUGACCCUCAUCUGCAU